AUGUGUCAAACGCCGCUGCUCCUCCUCCUCCCGCUGCUGCUGCGGUCUUUCACCGGGACCCUCGGCCAGUAUGAGGUGUGCAAGUCGCCGGUGAGCGCAGACACCGGGGCACCGUGGGAACUGUACGCCUGCCAGCCGAGCUCCAUGCCGACCAAAGAGUUCAUGCAGAUCAAGGUGGAACCACCUGGCAUCACCUGCGGAAACCCCCCCGAGAGGUUCUGCACCCUGGAGAACCCGUAUUUGUGCAGCGACGAGUGCGACGCCUCGAACCCUGACCUGGCGCACCCGCCGCAGCUGAUGCAGGACCGCGAGCGCGGCGGCCCGCUCACCUACUGGCAGACGAUCACGUGGCGUCGCUACCCAGAGCCGCUGCUCGCCAACGUCACUCUGAGCUGGAACAAGAGCCUGGAAGUGACGGACGACAUCCAGGUGACCUUUGAGUACGGCAGGCCUACCGCCAUGGUGCUGGACAAGUCCCUGGACUACGGGCGCACGUGGCAACCCUACCAGUUCUACGCCGACGACUGCAUGGAUGCGUUCGCUAUGCCGCCCAAGGCGGUGGAGGAGCUGUCGGCGUCGAACGCGACCCGGGUCAUUUGCACGGAGCGGUACUCCCGCUGGGUGGGCUCCAGGAACGACAAGAGCGUGCGCUUCGAGGUGCGGGCGCGCUUCGCCAUCUUCGCCGGCCCCAGGCUCCUCGACAUGGACAACCUGUACGCGCUCAUGGAGAGCGCCAAGGGCCUGCGAGACUUCUUCACCUUCACCAACCUGCGUCUGCGGCUGCUCCGGCCCGCACUGGGCGGCACCUACGUGCAGCGGGAAAACCUCGACAAGUAUUUCUACGCCAUAUCCAACAUCGAGGUGCCGGCAAGGUGCAAGUGUAACCUUCAUGCCGACAAGUGCACAUUUCGGGAUGGAAACCUGGAGUGCCAGUGUGAUCACAACACCGCUGGCCAAGACUGCAAUCGAUGCAAAAGUGGCUUCCAAGCCAAGCCCUGGACGCCGGGAUCUUACCUGCCCGCCCCUAACGGGUCACCGAAUGCCUGUACGAGCUCUUUCUGCUUCGGGAACUGCGAGUGCUACGGACACUCGAACCGCUGCAGCUACAUUGACUUUCUGAACAUCGUGACUUGCAUCAGCUGCAAACACAACACCAGAGGGCAAAAAUGCCAGCACUGCCGCCAGGGAUACUUCCGGAAUGCUUCCGCUGAGCUGAACGAUGAGAAUGUUUGCAUCGAGUGUAAUUGCAACGAGACUGGCUCCAUUCACGACCGCUGUAAUGAAAUGGGCUACUGCCGGUGUAAAGAGGGCGUUACCGGGAUACGGUGCGAAGAAUGCCUACCUGGAUACUACUGGAACCAAGGCUGCAUUCCAAAUUUUUGUGAUGAGGAGCUGGUUCUCUGCCAGAACGGAGGUACCUGUGUGGAGAACCAGCAGUGCUUGUGCACCCCGGAGUUCAAGGGUGUCCUGUGUGAGCGGUCCGUGUGCGAGAAGGAAGGUGGCUGCGAUGCGGCUUGGGCGUCCGACCCCAGCCUCCCCACAAUGCUGCUCUGCAUCUUGCCCAGUGUCCUUACCGCACUGACAGCCCACUGA